GUAAACACGCGCUGGGCUUUCAGGAAGAGAUAUCAGUGUUGGUUUCAUCCGUUCUCCCUGUAUCCAUGAGUGUGUUGUUGCUUGAGGCCUUCCAUGGUGGCUCUCAUAGGCAGCUGGUUGAUCUUCUCCAGGAAAGUGUUAAAGACUGCAUAAGUUUCACUCUACCUGCUAAGAAAUGGCACUGGAGGGCCAGAACUUCUGCCCUGUACUUCAUGCAAUCAGUUCCAGCCAGUUCCUCAUACAGAGUUUUGUUCACCAGCUCUGUUCUCAAUCUUGCUGAGCUUGUAGCCCUGCGGCCCGAUCUUGCCUGUCUUAAGAAGGUUCUCUACUUCCAUGAGAACCAGCUGGUUUACCCAGUCCGCAAGAGUCAAGAGAGAGACUUCCAGUAUGGCUACAACCAGAUCCUCUCAUGCUUGGUUGCUAAUGUGGUGGUGUUCAACUCCUCGUUCAACAUGGAGUCCUUCCUCUCCUCCAUCUCCACAUUUAUGAAGAUCAUGCCUGACCACCGACCCAAAGAUCUGGACCGGAUCAUCAGGCCCAAGUGUCGUGUCCUCCACUUCCCGAUUCACUUUCCCGAUGUCACAAGAUUCCUGCCUGCACACAAGCGUCUUAGGCAUUCAGUGCAGUUGGAUAUCCAUGCUCCAGCUGCUCAAAGCCACGUUCACACAUCAGCUCCGAGCAGUUUUUUAGAGCUCACAUUGGACUCUAAGUCUAAGCCACCUGAAUCUGAGGAGAAAGUAAAUGUGGCAGGACUGCAGCAGUGCCUGGAGCCUGUGAGUGUCACACCAUGUCCAGUGCCAUUGUCCAGUUUGGUUGAUGAUGAGAAAGGGAAACUUCGGCCACUCCACAUUGUCUGGCCACAUCGCUGGGAACAUGACAAAGACCCACAGCUGUUCUUCCAGACCUUACUGAAACUCAAAGAACGACAGCUGAGCUUUGAAGUUUCUGUCCUGGGAGAGACCUUCACUGAUGUUCCAGACAUCUUUGCAGAAGCCAAAGAACAGUUGGUUGACCACAUCCAGCACUGGGGUUUCAUGCCCAGUAAGGAAGAUUACCUCAAAGCACUGUGUCAAGCAGAUGUCGUCGUUUCCACGGCCAAGCACGAGUUUUUCGGAGUAGCGAUGUUAGAAGCUGUACAUUGUGGUUGCUACCCCCUGUGCCCAAAGGCUUUGGUCUAUCCUGAAAUAUUCCCUGCAACAUAUCUGUAUUCAACACCUGAACAGCUGUGUAAGAGAUUACAAGGCUUCUGCAAGCAUCCACAAUUAGUCAGGCAACAUAUUAUUCAGGUGAACAUCAGCUCUUUCUCCUGGGACACUCUGGGUGACGGUUUCAGGUCUCUCCUAAGUGCAGAAAGUGACAUAAUUUUAACAGAGGAGCACAGUUCAUGAAGUGUCAUAUGACGCCAAGAAAUACAUUAUUAUUUAAAAUCCAGAAAGUGCAAACCCCCGAAAUGUGGCAGUGCAACCUUUUUUAAUGACUAGCAUGAACAUAAAUAUUUCUUUCUUUGAUCUAUUGUCAAAGAAAAACAUCUAUAUGGUGACUUGUAUGCCGUCAUAUGGAGAAAAAAGUAAUUUUACAUUGUGGUUAAUGGGAAAAAAGUACAAAGUAAAAAUAAAUAAUAGAAAAACCUGCGACCGCUUUCGUGUCUUGCAUAGGCGGCCCCACCUCAUAUUUCGGUUCAUAUCCAUUUUUAUCCUUUGUGCUGGAGGAGCCCAGCCUGGAACUUUGGAGUCUUUGGUUCCCACUCCGACAGAGCGGCAGCCAAGUUGUGGUUUGAAACGUUGUGGGCUCUCGCUCUACCUGAGGUUGCCAGGUUGUGACAAAGUCCCCCGAGGCUCAGUAAAGGUUUAUGCAAGGCUUCCCCAGGACUGCGGUUGAAUCUAAAUACAGUGCUUUUAUUUUCCUUGCAUCAGAGAUCUGGCUGUACGUUAUAGCUGGGAACCCGCUGCAUAAUUAAGGGGGCCUGGUAACUAGCUAUUUAUGUGUUUGCAAAAUUCAGAAACUGGGCAAACUAACAAUGGCCUGUCAGAUUUUCCACAAAGAUUUAAGUAUCUGCUUUCACAUCACAUCACAGCAAUGCCACAAUCACUCUGCCCAUUUUAGGCCUGCCAACAUAUGUGUUAAUAAAAGAGGCCCGACUUUUAUUGCAGACGUUAUUGAAGAAUUCCUCCUCUAUUAUCAGGCGUUCUCUGCACUUAGCUAAGGACAUUAUUAUUUUUAGAUGUAUCGAGUAUUCAGGUGCACUGGACGUAGGAUUAGAAUUAAAGGCUCAAAUAUAAUUAUAUCACCGCCUCUUGCAUGCAACCAAAAUUAGUCACAUUACUCUUUAUAAUGUAGGAGCUCAUAGAUAAAUAAUCCUAAUAUCCUAUAUCCUUACUGAUUGUGACAUGUUUCAUAUUUUAUGGGAUAAAUGAGAUACUUCCAUGUGCCUUGUGUGUGGUUUUAGUGUGACAAGGUCCAAAAUUACCUU